AUGCUGUCUGUUCCCCGCUUAUGUCCAGCUCAGAGUCAAAGUUUGGUGCACACCUUGCGCGACGUCGAGCUGCACGGGAUGGGCGGUUGGUUCUGGGCGGAUGGAGCUGCACGGGAUGGGAGGGGGGUAUUAUGUCCAGCUCACAGCCAUCGUUCGGUGCACACCCGCUGCAGCUGGAAGGCAUCUUUUCCACUUCUGUGUUACGCAGCACUUGGUUUGUCCAGCAGUUCCGAGAAUAUUCAGGAGCUUCCGACAACGCCGUGCGCACGCACGCUGCUGCACAACACCACACCGCUUGACUACACAUCUUAUGAUGAAGCCGACGAGCAAGAAGUCAUGAUAGCAAUACGUUCCACACAUUCUAAGGUCCACGAUAUUCCCGAUAUUUCAAGCUCGAGACACGAGGGCCGCGAGAUGCGCCAGAAUAUUGAGAACCUGUUAUGA